AUGUUUCGGUUGAGACCCAAGCCGAACUCGCGUCACACCGCUGAGAAGCCGCGAGGAGAUCAGAUUAACCCGAUCAGGUCGAUCGACACUUCCUUUUGGUCUGACUCCGAGCAGAAGAACCGAGACUCUGAUGUUGAGUUGAAACCGUCAGUACUUUUCCUCCCUGCCGAUCGAAUGUAUGCGUCUCUAGCUUCACAUCCGACUGACUUGUUCGACAACAACAUGCAAUCAGCUACUCUCAAUCAACAGCCGGGUCGUACCUCCGAUCAACCGCAUAGCCAGAAUGGCAGCAAGUCGAAUCCUAUCAUUAAUUUCCAAAAAGAAAUCGAUGAGAUUGCUCGCAAGAACAACCACCCAGCAGCCACCGCCAUAAAUCCAGAUAAUCAUGCCCAUGCACUGGCCUCUCAGCUAGAGAAUUCACAUAUCACGGACGAUUCUCUCUUGGUUGAAUUAGAGAAAGUCAACCAAGUCGAACCAGGCGUUGCCCUCAAGACACGAUUGCUCAAUCGAUCCAGCUUCCUGAUCAAGUCACUCUCAACUUAUAUUGAGAAAAGGCUGGUAACCGAUCAUGAGUUAAUCAUCUACCUUGGCCUACACAACCUCCAUCAUUCGUCACUUGGUGUCCUUUUUCAAUCCGAAUAUCAGCUGCCUUCCGACAAUCAAGACCAAAAACUUUCGCUUACAUCAAAUGAUAAGACGCGAAUCAUUCAAGGAUUACAAGAGAUUUCAAAUUCUAUUGGGGCCGAGGUUUUUACUCUCUGGGAUGGUCUUCAAGAUGAGAAAAUACAUGAGCCUUCACCCGACGAAGGGAAUCUCAUUGAUAAGCUGGCCGUAAACGACGAGGCCAUUUUGGAGCGUUGGAAUCCUAGCUCAAUGAGAAUUAUGAUUCGGAGCAUCCCGGAAAGUGUACAUGACAUUGUAGAGCUACGUGUAGCCUGUGUAGGAAACGUGGAUUCUGGGAAAAGUACCACUUUGGGGGUACUUACAAAAGGAAAAUUAGACGAUGGGCGUGGCCGGGCCCGAGUUUCCUUGUUUCGACAUAAGCAUGAGCUGGACAGUGGUCGUACCUCAUCUGUGGGUAUGGAAAUUAUGGGUUUUGACGCCAAAGGUAAGGAGGUUCGCCCUGAGGGUGCUGCUGGUGACCUGCUUGCUUCGAAUCAAGUUGGAUUAAGAAAACAGCAACUCAGCUGGGAUGACAUAUGUAAAAAGGCAGCCAAGGUGGUCAGCUUCAUUGAUUUGGCUGGGCAUGAGCGUUAUCUCAAGACAACCAUCUUCGGCUUGACUGGCUGUUCGCCCGACUUUGUGCUCUUGAUCAUCGGCGCCAACGCCGGGCUGAUCGGGAUGAGCAAGGAGCAUUUAUCGGUCGCUUUGGCAUUGUCGAUCCCAGUCGUUGCGGUUAUUACUAAAGUUGACACUUUGACACCAGCAAAUGUUUUGGAACAGACCAUUAAGCAACUUGUCAAGAUCCUGAAAAGUCCUGGCUGUCGGAAGGUCCCCGUGUUCGUCAAGAAUGAAGGAAUGAGUUCGGAGUUGGCUCAAACCUUUAUCAAAGAUAAGGCCUGUCCAAUCUUCAUGAUCAGCAAUGUUACUGGAAAUGGCAUUGCACCGCUGAAGUUAUUCUUGAACAGCCUUCCUGCUGGUCUUGAGGCGCAAUAUCCCAUCGAUGAUCCUUUAGAAUUCACUAUAUCCGAUGCGUUUUCAGUACCAUUCGUUGGGACAGUAGUUUCAGGAGUGAUAGGGUCGGGUCAUUUGGCCACAGGCCAAGAGGUGUGGCUAGGCCCGGAUGGCCUUGGACACUUUUCUCUCACCAUCAUUAAAUCAAUCCAACGGAAGCGUGUCAACGUUGAUCAUGCUCAUGCUGGUCAAAGUGUUAGCCUUAACCUAAAGCGAAUCAAACGGUCUGGAGUUCGAAAAGGAAUGGUCAUCCUUUCUAAGAAUCUCGAAAGCCCCCCGAAGGCCACUAAAGUCUUCGAAGGUCAGGUAUUAAUCCUAUACCACAACAGUACCAUCCAGCCCAACUAUCAAGCAAUGCUUCAUGUCGGGAGUGUAAGACAAACCGUCAAAAUAUUAUCUAUCGAGAAAAGUCAAGUCUUGAGGACUGGUGACCGAGCUAAGAUCAAGUUCGAAUUCAUGAAGCAACCGGAGUUCGUCAAACUUGGCCAAAAACUUCUAUUCAGAGAAGGUAAGACAAAAGGUUUAGGUGUGAUUACUAAACUCCUUUGA